UGGCGCUACUAUGUAUCUAUCUGUUGCGAGUUUGUGUAAACACGAUACAUUGUUGCGGCUGGAGGAGAUGCAGAGUUGCUGCGGGCGGGGGAGGAGUCGCUACAAUGUUGCCCAGCUCGCUACAGUGUUGCCCCCAAAGAGUGGCUAUAGUGUAGCCCAGCUCACUACAGUGCAGCCGCUCGGCUGAGCCGGGGAGCCGGAGCCUCCGCCUUAAAGGGACGGGACGGGAAGGGACGGGAAGGGAAACUACUCUCCUCUCCUCACUCGCACAAUGUAGCGAAAAGAUGGCGGAAACGGCCGAGGCUGACGUCAGCGCGGCCCGAAGAGCGGCCGGGCAGCAAGAAGGAUCAGCAAUGGCGACUGUGGAGCGGAGACUACCCAGUCCCGAGGCGCUGCUGGGACAGCCUUGGACCCACUGGAUCGAUGCCGCCAAACACCAAGGGGCCGACGGCACCGAAUUGGAAGAAACUUUUAAGGAGUGCGGGAAAAACCGGGAGGUCAUGCGGUUGAGCAGGGAAGAUAUGCCAAUAUUUGGUCACUGCCCAGCACACGAUGACUUUUAUCUGGUGAUGUGUAAUUAUUGUAAUCAAGUUGUAAAGCCCCAGGCCUUCCAAGCACAUUAUGAGAGAAGACACAGUACGUCAAGCAAACCGCCUGUAACUUCUCCGACUUCUGCGUACACUUAUUCUUCCGCGCUCUCCAAAAGCAGAGGUGGCAGCGACUGUGGGAGUAGCCGCUCAUCUGUCGGCACCUGCCCUUCGUCCAGCUCGAAGAUACAAAAAUCCCCCAAAGAUAAACUCCACAUCAGCAGCAUGAACAGACCCUUCUACACGGUUCAUCACGGCAGGAUGCACCACGACAAAAACAUGUCCACACUGGUGAAAGCGGAGAAGGUGCAUCCUAAUGUGAAGGUGGAUGGUCCGUUGUUGAAAGUCAUGCCUGUGCCCAUUAAUUCCACUACUGUGAGUGCUUCAUUAAAGACUGGCCUUAAUAAUCCCGCAAUACCAAAGGCACCCCUGACCUCCGUCGGGCAGAUACCCAAUGGUAAGAAUCUUCUGUCGGCUCCGUCGUCCGCGGAGAAGAAACUUGAAGACCGUAAAAACACCAAGAAACCCUAUUCUCACAAGCGCUUGUCAGAAAGGGAGUUCGACCCAAACAGACAUUGUGGUGUUGUUGAUCUUGAAUCCAAGAAACCAUGUACAAGAUCUCUGACAUGCAAGACACAUUCCUUGAGCCAUCGGCGAUCAGUACUGGGUCGUAGGAAACACUUUGACCUGUUGUUGGCGGAGCACAAAAAUAAACCCAGGGAAAAAGAAUUGCAUCGAAUCUCCGAUCAUCACCACCAGACACCCCUUCUCAGGGAACUACAUCCCUCGCCAUCGAAAGCUUCUCCGGAAUUGCACCUGAAUUCCCAUGGAAACGCUGCAUCGGAUGUAAAACCAAUGGUGUCUGGCAAAACCAAAUUUUACAAUUCAAGUCUUCCAAGGCCGGCCACAUGUACGUUACAGCACAGUGGCAACACCGUCGGUGACACUGCAUCGGUACACGAACUGCACGCCUCACUUGCCGCUCCGGACUCUGCAUCCAGGUUGUCUAGCGACGAGGGGGAAUGUGAGGAGAAGGAGGAGCUGGCGGAAAAACUCGACUGCUAUUAUUCUGGACAACACCCUCGGCCGGCUGCUAUUUGCACGUUUGGAAGUCGGCAGAUUGGCCGAGGCUGCUUUGUGUUUGAGAGGCGCUGGGACCACUUUCGAUGUGCACUUAGUUCCAUGGUCGAAAAGCAUCUUAAUUCACAAAUGUGGAAAAAAAUCCCCCCUGCGGUGGACAGUCCAACGUCGGGGCAGUGCAGCGCUCCCAGCAGCAGCAUGGUUGUCCCUCACCUGUCGCAUUCCAGUGUCGGUACUGCAGGUGUGGUCUCCUCCUCCCCCUCCUCAUUGUCAUCUCCACUGUUGGUGUCUUCUCCAUUCCUAUCGGCCAACAGUAAACCCGUGCCGUCAUAUGCAACUACUCUGACGGCUCACCCCGCUGCCUUGGGCUCUGCGGACCCAGCUCACUGUAUGCAAUCUAGACACGUACCUUCACCAUCUGCCAUGCCUUCUGGGCUCUCCUCGGUCCCCUCCCAUGUCUUCAACAAACCUCAGAAAGUGAAGCCCAGCAGGUCUUUCAAACCGAAAGAUCCCCCGCCUACCAGCAACAACAGUAACUCCAGUAGCAACAAUAACAGCAACAGUUCUGGGAGGAGGAGGAAGAACAAUUCUGCACUGCCAUUGCAUUCUCCUUCCAUCUAUUCCGCGGAAGCCCCGAAGAAAAAUUGUUUGAAUUCCGGGAGUCUGGGGACGUCUAAUUAUUCAUCCGUUUCGUCGUCUUACGGCAGCCCGCACAACGUUGGCCUGAACUGUACGAACAAGAUGAACUCUCUGGGCCUCAAGCACGAGCCGUCGGGGAAAGGGCUUCAGGCGGGGGCCCCUGCGGAGUCGAUUAAGCGGAUGAGCGUGGUGAUGAACAGCGGUGACUCCACCCUCUCGCUGGGGCCCUUCGUGCACCAGGCCAACGAGCAGCUGGCGAGCCCGCACGCCGCCUUCCCACAUCCCCACCCGCCGCUGGACAGGCUGGAAGGCCGGAAGCGGAAAGGUUCGCCGGGCUCCGCUGCCAUCCACGGCGGCAACAGGGCGAACAAGCUCGCCAAAGCGCCCGUGGUAAACAACGUUCACUCGAAGCAUCCCGGUGUGAUCCCAGGAACGCCGGGCCUCUCCAAUAACACUCUCCUCCACCAGCCAAAGUCUCGACCAUGAUAACCAAUGUUCUUCUGGAAGAAACUGGACAUCUUAUUUUGAAAUCAGAAGUAGGCACUCUGAACUGCACGAAGCCUUGGAGUUUUCUCAACCUCCCUUGUUCCUCAGGUCUGUGGAUAGUAUAAUCAAAAUUACAGGUUUCGAAGCCAGGUUUGUGGAAUCCUCACAGCGUGGUGCACAUCUUAAAUUGAGUUGACAUGGACUUCCUGGCUAGAAAAUGGGCUUGCAAUUGUUCAAAUCAGUAUUAAGUAUUAGGUACCAAGCUAGAAGAUUGACUACUGAUCUGCGAUUUAUGCAAAAGGUGCAGUUUUUUAGACUAUUUACUGCUGAAGGGCGCAUUUGCUAAACAGUUUGGAUGUUGAACUGCCACAUGUUUAAGCAUCUUUACACGUUUAGUGGGAGUUCCGUAGCCCCUUGACAUCUACUGGAAAUUUCUAUCACAGAGCAGAUAUGUUGUAUUUAUUUCUUUCGCAAGCGAUAUGUGUACUUUGUCUACAUUUAAACUUUAAACCAGUUGCCAAGUAUGCCGACUUGUGUCAGGUAGUUACUUUGAAAUUUAUUUUUGUGAAGUCCACAAACCUUGGCUUUUUUUUUUUUUUUUUGGAGCAGAAAAAUUGUGGAACUAAAAUAACAUCGGGAAGUCAGUCCAGCGAAUGAUUUAUUCAUUGUACUUCACACACACACACAAA